AUGUCUAGAAUAAGAGGAAUUGAUGCCAAAGUGCAAAAAAAUGUGUUUCAAAGUCAACAAAAGCGUAAAAACGCAUGUAAUGAGGCAAUUAAAAUAUUUAAAAAUGAAGAGCAUUGUUUUAAUAAGGAUGAUACAGAAAAACAACAGAUCAAUGAGUUGCUUCACAAUUUGCCAACCUUGGACAAAAUAUUUGAAGUCCAUCGCAAGAUUGGUGAAGGCACAUUCAGUUCCGUAUACUUGGGCUCAUUGCGGCGUCAUGCAAUACUUCCAGCUUCAGAGCGUCGCUGGUUUGCUAUCAAGCAUCUCGUGCCCACAGCCCACCCUGCCCGUAUUGAACACGAGUUGAAAUGUCUGCAAGAUAUGGGUGGAAAGAACAAUGUAAUAAGUGUGGACCUUUGUUUACGCCACUUUGAUACAAUAGUAUUUGUAAUGCCUUAUAUACCUCACAGGAAGUUUUCUGAAUAUUUUGGAGAAAUGGACGCAAGCGAGCUGCGGCAAUAUAUGCGCGCGCUGCUGGUAGCACUGCGACACGUGCACUCGUUUGGUGUCAUCCAUAGAGAUGUGAAGCCUAGCAAUUUUCUAUAUGAUAGGGAGAAUAGAAGGUAUUUACUGGUGGACUUCGGUUUAGCGCAACGAAUAUGCGUGGCGCCUGACGAGCCGCCCGUUCCCUUAAAUUCAAACAAGCGAGUGAGAGACGAAAUGGAGGAUGAUUCAACGCCAGGUGCAAAGAGAAUGGCAGUAGAUCUUACCGUGUGCCCGAAAAAUAUGGAUGUUAGUGAACCAAUUCCGAAAAGAUUAGCAUGUCCACCGAAGGUGCAAAUUCCGAAGGCAACGGCUGUCAAGGAGGUGGGGGGCGCGUGCUUGUGCCGUGGCGCGGCGGGCGCGUGCUGGGGGCGGGGCUGCGCCGCCUGGCCGGCCGCCCGCGCGCCGCGCGCCGGCACGCAGGGCUUCCGGCCGCCCGAGGUGCUGCUCAAGUGGGCGCGCCAGAGCGCCGCCGUCGACCUGUGGGCCGCCGGCGUCGUGCUCGCCACCGUGCUCGCCAACAGGUACCCGUUCUUCCGCGCGGCGGACGAUUAUUCUGCGUUAGCCGAGGUGGCCGAUCUACUGGGUACCGACGCCGUACAGCGUACUGCCGAGGCCCUGGGACGGCGCGUGAUGACGUCAAUGCGACGGCCCGGCCUUUGCCUUCGUAAGCUGAGCGCGCGCUUGCGCCGUGUGCCCCCCGCGCCCCCUGCAGUCGGCACGCCCCCUGCGCCCCCCGGGGCCCCCGCGCCCCCCGGGGCCCCCGCGCCCCCCGCACCCCCUGCGAGUAAGUGCGUCGGCUGCCAGCUCGCGCGCGACCUCUGCCUGUGUCCGGAUGAAAACGUACCGGCGAGCUCAUUCGAUCCCGACUUGGUGGUGGCCGGUUUCCCGGACAGUGCGUUCGCACUGGCAGCGCGCCUGCUCGAGCCCAACCCCAGCCUACGUAUCACAGCCGACGAAGCAUUGAAGCACCCUUUCUUGGCAACUGAAGACUGA